GCCACCCCGGAAAAGUCGCUUUCAACUGGCGUUUCUUUCAGGCAUUGCCGCGGGCAGCCCGGAGGCCCUUGUGAGACGCGCCGCGCAGGACCGCCUUCUUCUCUUCGUCCGGAACCGCCAUCUUCCAGUAAAUCACCAAAAUGACCAACACAAAGGGAAAGAGGAGAGGCACCCGCUAUAUGUUUUCUAGACCUUUUAGAAAACAUGGAGUUGUUCCUUUGGCCACAUACAUGCGAAUCUACAAGAAAGGUGAUAUAGUAGACAUCAAGGGAAUGGGCACUGUUCAAAAAGGAAUGCCCCACAAAUGUUACCAUGGCAAAACUGGACGAGUCUAUAAUGUUACCCAGCAUGCUGUUGGCAUUGUUGUGAACAAACAAGUAAAGGGCAAGAUCCUUGCGAAGAGAAUUAAUGUACGUAUCGAGCACAUUAAGCACUCCAAGAGCCGAGAUAGCUUUCUGAAGCGUGUGAAGGAAAAUGAUCAGAAAAAGAAGGAAGCCAAAGAGAAAGGAACUUGGGUUCAACUGAAGCGCCAGCCAGCUCCACCCAGAGAAGCACACUUUGUGAGAACAAAUGGAAAGGAGCCUGAGCUGCUGGAACCCAUUCCCUAUGAAUUCAUGGCUUGAUGGGUGUAAUAAAUAAAUUAAUCAAUAAAAGAUCUCUGGACUGUAA